GAGCGGCAGAGACAGAUCCAGCAGGGAGGGGACGCAGUCAGAAGAGGCGGAGGAACAGACAGGACAACAGACAGGACACACACCGCUGACAACACCGAGCAGCACCUCGUGACAGCGUCUGUCCACAGGAAAGGAAACACCCGGGGAACUGUUUUUUUCAUCCCAUGUAUCUUUAGAAACAAGCCCGUCGUCACCAUGACAGCGGAGGAAACCAUAAAUGUGAAGGAGGUGGAGAUCAUCAAGGCGAUCCUGGACUUUCUCAACUCCAGGAAGUUGCACAUCAGCAUGCUGGCUCUGGAGAAGGAGAGCGGCGUCAUCAACGGGCUCUACUCAGACGACAUGCUCUUCCUCAGGCAACUGGUGCUCGAUGGCCAGUGGGAUGAGGUCUUGCAGUUCAUUCAGCCUUUGGAGUGCAUGGAUAAGUUUGACAGGAAAAGGUUUCGUUACAUCGUCCUCAAGCAGAAGUUUCUGGAGGCUCUGUGUGUGAACAACGCCAUGUCAGCAGAAGAUGAGCCACAGCAUUUGGAGUUCACCAUGCAGGAAGCAGUCAAGUGUCUCCACGCCCUGGAGGAGUUCUGUCCCACCAAAGAUGACUACAGCAAACUGUGUCUGCUCCUCACACUGCCUCGCCUCACACACCACGCUGAGUUCAAGGAGUGGAACCCGAGCACGGCCAGGGUGCAGUGUUUUGAUGAGGCCUGCAACAUGGUAGCGGACUUCAUCCCUGCAGACAGGAAGCUGAGCGAGGCUGGAUUCAAGGCCAGCAGGGAUCGACUCUUCCAGCUGCUCCUUAAGGGAGUCCUCUACGAGUGCUGUGUGGAGUACUGCCAGAGCAAGGCGACCGGUGAGGAGAUCCCAGAGGGCGAGGUCCUUCUGGGUGUUGACAUGCUCUGCGGUAACGGCUGCGACGACCUGGACCUGUCUCUACUCUCCUGGAUGCAGAACCUCUCCCACACCGUCUUCUCCUGCGCCUUCGAGCAGAAGCAACUCAACAUCCACGUGGACCGCUUGGUCAAGCCCACAAAGACCGGCUACUCCGACCUCCUCACCCCGCUCAUCAGCAAACUGUCUCCGUACCCGUCCUCCCCGCUGCGCCGCCCCCAGUCCGCUGAUACCUACAUGUCGCGCUCCUUGAACCCGGCGCUGGACGGGCUGUCGUUCGGCCUGUCUGGCCAAGACAAGAGAGCGGGUGGCGGGGAGAUAGCGCCAGGCAAAGGGGUCUCUCCCAUGUCCCACUCCUUCGCCAACUUUCACUACCCCGGAGCAGGAGGACAGAGCCUGAGCAGGAGCCUCAUGAUGGAGAGCUCUGACUGCCACAGCAUCUUUGAGGAAUCCCCUGAAACGUCUAGGACAGACACGCCUGUGGAUAAGAUGAUGAGUUCGGGUGGAGCUCAGAACCUGCGUCCUGCCCCAGCUCCGGGCGAGGACGCUCCGUCACCUGGCUCCGGAGACAGGAAUGAGCUUCGUGACUCAACAGAGAAGUACGAGGAGUACUAUCGGCAACGCCUCCGUGUGCAGCAGCACCUGGAGCAGAAGCAGCAGCAGAGGCAACUGUACCAGCAGAUGCUGCUGGAAGGAGGGGUCCAGCAGGAGCCCCCCCCGCCCAGCGACAUGCAGCACAGCCUCACAGAGAAGUUCCUCAACAGGUCCAUCCAGAAGCUGGAGGAGCUCAAUGUGGGGAUGGAGGAUCUAGGCGAGGAGGUGAAGUCUCUGGCCCAGCAGUGUAACGGCAACGGGAACACGCCCACCUCUGAGGACAAUAACAACCCUCCAUCUGUGACACCGGAGCAGACCCGAGGGGGAGGGGUGCUCAGCAGCACCCCGCAACGCACCGUGGGGGAGCGCCCGGUUCAGCCUCCAAAUGAGUCCCCUGUCGUCUCCCAGAGUGAGCAGAAACAGAAAGGAAGUCAACCAUGUGACUCUCCAGGCUCCUUAUCCCGAAGUAAAGAGAGCGACAAGCCUAAAAGCCUGUUUGUGGCAGUGCACACUUUAGAAGAUACUCAAGCCAUUCGAGCCGUCGCCUUUCACCCGUCUGGAUCGCUCUACGCUGUUGGAUCCAACUCCAAAACUCUACGUGUCUGUGCUUAUCCAGAAACAUUAGACACGAGUGGUUCAAGUCCAAUAAAGCAGCCCGUGGUCCGCUUCAAGAGGAACAAACACCACAAAGGGUCCAUCUACUGCGCGGCCUGGAGCCACUGUGGGCAGCUGCUGGCUACCGGCUCCAAUGACAAAUAUGUCAAAGUCCUACCUUUCAGUGCAGAGACAUGCAACGCCACAGGCCCCGACUUGGAGUUCAGCAUGCAUGACGGCACCAUCAGAGACCUGGCCUUCAUGGAGGGUCCAGAAAGCGGAGGGGCCAUCCUGAUCAGCGCCGGAGCUGGAGACUGUAACAUCUACACCACCGAUUGUCAGAGAGGACAGGGUCUGCACGCCCUCAGCGGACACACGGGUCACAUCCUGUCUCUGUAUACGUGGGGGGGCUGGAUGAUUGCCUCCGGCUCUCAAGACAAGACGGUGCGUUUCUGGGACAUCAGGGUGCCCAGCUGUGUCCGAGUAGUGGGAGCUGCUUUCCAUGGCUCAGGCAGUCCUGUUGCCACGGUAGCAGUCGAUCCUAGUGGCCGUCUCCUAGCAACAGGACAGGAAGACAGCGCGUGCAUGCUGUAUGACAUCAGAGGAGGACGAACCGUCCAGGUGUACCGGCCGCACUCCAGCGACGUGCGAUCCAUCCGGUUCUCCCCCGGAGCACAUUACCUGCUCACUGGCUCCUACGACAAAAAGGUCAUCGUCAGCAACCUCCAAGGUGACCUGACCAAGCCGCUGCCUCAGACCGUGGUGGGAGAGCACGGCGACAAGGUGAUUCAAUGUCGAUGGCACACACAAGACCUAUCCUUCCUCUCGUCCUCCGCUGACCGCACUGUCACACUCUGGACGCACAACCCAUAACACACACGAAGACACACACACACGCACAGACAACCAGUUAUAAUCUAAAACACACACAUUCCCCCUAAACCCUCCUCCUGCACCAUCAACACCGUCGCACUCUUUCCACACACUUGACACUUACAGCUUGAAAAGCACACACAUAGAUCAACACACAAACGGGUGAAUGGGCCUUUCACUUCUGUCUGUAGGGAACCAAAAUGGAUACUAACCUGUGACACAUCAGAAGCACACAUGCUGCAUGUUCUCCCUCUUUCUUUCUUUACGUCACUCACAUUUCACAUCGUCACCUCGAGGGGUUAAACGGCAGGAUCUUUCCUUUUCUUUCCUCACCAUCACUUCACCUCCACUCGUUAUACAGUUGCUGCACGUCCUUUUCACUGAGGAGUUGUUGAGAUUAGACAGGACAGAGUGCUUUGUUCAUGAUGGUGCCUUCCUUGAGUUCUCAGUUUCCAUACGAAAAAUGUAAAAGCAAACCAAACAAACUAGAUAAUAUGGUCAUUUUUCAAGAUCAAAUUUUGUUAAGUCAUCUUGAGAAGUCCUACAUUCCUUCGGCUUUUGCGUGUCAUUGUCUUACAGCUGGUGUUAUGCUGCUAUCGUUUUGGGGAAAACAAGUUUAAUUUAUAGCGUGAAAUGUCAUUUUUUCUCAGUGUGUCAGUCAGUAGUGGGCUUUUCCUAUCAGGAGGCUGAUUCUGUAGAAGCCCUAUUACCAGCUGUUGCUUCCCCGUGGGAUGUGCUGAUGUCUAAUGUUUAACAGUAUCCACUGCAUUGCUACAACUCAAAAAAGUGUAAAUUAGCUCGUGCAGUUGUUUUGAAUUUGAAUUCCGUGUCUUUUUUGCGCUGAAGCUGUUACAGUGUCUCGCGGUGGCUUGCUUGCAAUGGAAGGUUGUUAUUAUGUCGGCGUCAAAGGGAAACGCAAAGUGUAAUUUGUGCUCGAGUGCCCUUGCAUUCGGGUGAGGAGUCUUCAGUGUUCACAAGCUUUGGUUUGUCUCCUGCUGUAACACGAUGACAACGGUAGGUGGCAGUCUUUGCCCGCAGCGAGGGUCUAACCAAUACGCACAAAGAAAUCUGAAUGGACGCAACGGGUGUUUCCAUAUUUAUUUAGAACCAGUAUUUGGGGCAUAUGCAUUGUGUUCUUUUCUUGUAUUUUACAUGUGCACUUUUUCUUUGAACAUUUUCUUCUAAUAUUGAUUUACUUACAAAGAUGCAUAUUUUAUGUUAAUGUAUAGUAUAUAUAUUGUUUUAACAAAUAAGGCCAAACUAAUACGUACAUAGAUGUAUUUAUUCGAGUUGUGUUUAUGUAUGUACAGCUACUAUGUUUUUGAAAUGCUAGUGGCUCUUGUAUUAAGCCUUUCUAAUUCUUGUUUUUAAAAGUGACUUAAAUUAAUUCAAGCUAACUCGAGUCUGACUGCUGGUACGUUCAAUAAAGUGUCUUUUACACAAA